ACCUUGUAGCUUCCUCCCUCUGUCGUUUCGUUUACAACCUGAUACGUGCACGUUACAUCACACCGACCAUGAGUCCGUUGGGCUUCUCCUCCCUUUAAAUCAUUCAAACGAUUUCAACAGUUUUCUGUGGGAAUAGAUAGAUUUUGUUGUUGUUCCAGUAAAGAUAAUCGAUUAUUGAUAUCGAUAUGAGCUUUGAAGACCUUGAAUCGGGCCGGGCCUUGACUUCACAUGCAAGCCUGCAACAAGACCCUUCUCGAGCCCUUGCUGCUGGCGUCUUCCGAAUCAACACCGCUGUCGCAGCCUAUAGACGCCUAGUUAACAGCCUUGGGACUCCCAAGGACACUCUUGACCUGCGCCAGAAACUCCACAAGACUAGGCUACAAAUCGGGCAAUUGGUGAAAGAAACAUCCGCGAAGCUUGAGCAAGUUAGAGAAACAGACCGGUUCACUGAAGUUAGUGCCAGCAAAAAACUUGCUGAUGCUAAGCUCACAAAAGAUUACCAAUCUGUACUGAAAGAUUUUGAGAAGACUCAGAAGCUUGCAGCAAAAAGAGAAACUGCAUAUGUUCCCAAUGGAAAUCUUUCAUCUAGCAAUACAGCUAAUGAGAUGGAGAUAAUAUCAUCCAAGAGUCCUGAGCAGAUUUCUCUUUUUGCAGAAUCCAACAGACAGGAGGUCAUACAUUUGGAGAAUGAGAUAGUUUUCAAUGAAGCCAUUAUUGAGGAGAGGGAGCAAGGUAUCAAAGAAAUUCAGCAGCAGAUUGGCGAGGUCAAUGAAAUCUUCAAGGAUUUGGCUGUGCUGGUUCAUGAACAAGGGUCUCUAAUUGAUGACAUUGGUUCAAAUGUUGAGGGCUCCCAUGCUGCCACUACACAAGCUACUUCGCAACUUACCAAAGCAGCCAAGAUCCAAAAAUCUAAUUCAUCUCUGACUUGUUUGAUGCUGCUUAUCGUCGGGAUUGUUCUGCUUAUAGUAGUUACAGUUUUCGUGCUGUGAGGUUGAUUUCUACGUGGUUACAUUCAAUUGAAGACAAGAAAUUCAUUUUCUGGUGCAUUACCGUAGCUCAUGCCUGUAAUUGUAACGCAUUCAUAAUUGUUUUCACUUUGACGUUUACAGUUACUCAUGUACAGUACAGUGCAAUGUCAAGACAACUUACUUCCAUUGCUCCGUUACAGUAUAAUCCAUCGGUCUACUGUCCUUGAAACGUGAAAAUACUAUGAAUACAAAAGAUUACUAUCUAAAGGAGUUCAGAAAAUAAAAGCUUGUUAUGAUC